UAGCAAUGGAAAAGAUAUGACGUUUUUACUGCCUCAGACUGAGGCACUGGGAUUUACAUCUGACGAUAUAAAUUCCUCUAACUCACUCCACGAUGCUUUCUUUGAUGAAAGCAAACAAUUCAACGAUUAUGACGAAUUUACCAACGAUUUCCUCGGAUUUCCCCUUUCACCCACGCUGCCUGACUACGAUGAUCUUACCGGACAGUCGUAUGAAAUAGUUCCUGACUCCAACCUUAAGCAAGAAAGAGAAGGACUACGUUUGAAACUGCGAGUAUCGAACAGUGUGAGUCUACCUGGUCCUGGCAGCUCGGGUUCUAGUCCACACGACCUGCCUGAUGACACGGAGAUAUUCAAUGUUGAGGAGUUCCUGAACUUUCCUAGCAACAACGACUUUGUAACCAUUGAGGAGAGCAAGCAGGUGGCCCCAUCACCAGCCUACUCCCUAUCCAGCUACUCCACAGAUCCUAGCCCCCUCCACUCGUCCUUUAGUCCCGGACCUAGCAGUAGCAGUGACACCUGCAGUUCCAAUAGCUCACAAAUCCCGUCUCAGCCCGGUGCUCCAGCUCAAGUUGGUUUGACCAGCGUCUCACAAGCGCUGAGCGGUGCUGGAGCGGUGCCUAUACCCGGUGUUCCUGUAAAGAUUGGAGAUGUUGGAGGGUCUGGUGGUGUUGUGGAGACAACCCACGUGGUGGAGAGUGAUGUAGUUGUUCACUCUAGCUCUGGUAAAAGUUACCGGUACCCCAGCAACAUUGUGCCAAGUAAAUCAGUGCCAGGAAGCUCGGGUAAAACCAACUUAAGGCGCCACACAGCAAGUGGUUCAGGGAGUGCUGGGUCACGUGAUGUUAACAUUGUGCCGAGUAAGAGUUUACCAGGGAGUGGUCCACAGAGUGCUGCUGCUGCAGGGAAUGUAACCAAACGGAAGAUCAGCGAGUCUUCGGUGUCUUCUUCACCUAAAGCUCAUCGCAAGACAGGGUCUCAAGUUUGCAGGGUUAUUCCUGUAAGUCCGAAUAUUGCGAAAGUGGCGCCAGAAAAUGUUAAGGAGAAGGAGGUGACCGAGACAGUUACCGUGAAACCCAACAAAAACGUCCUAAAGAAGUACUACGAGCAGGCUGAUAUCCUGAUCAAGAACCGGGAGAAGGAAAUCAUUGAAGUGGAGAAAAAAGAGUCGGUGAGUAAGUUGAAGCAAGGAGCAGUGAUCGGGUCCAUGGAAAGAGGGCCCAGGAUGUUCGGAGUGAGGUACGGACCCUGUGACAGACCCUCUUUUGAUGGAGAGGAGUUGGUUACGGAGGUUAAACCGGUGUACGAUGUGGCGAACAGAUACAAGAACAACCCGAAUCCGGAGGCGGACACGAGUCACGGCAGUCAAAUGGUCCUGAACCAGCAACUGAAACUCAAUGCUAAUUCUCAUUCCCCCAAACUACCCUCAAGGUCUUUCUACGUCAAUCAAAACGUCAAAACGUCUCCUGAUCUCACCUCCAAACGUGCGGUAUGUGAUACCCCUGCCAAGCAAUGGUCUUGUCCCGUUCCUAAAGCUAAGAUCGAGCUACCACCGUACCGUCCCAACCGACUAACGUUGAAAGACGGGAAAUGUCGGAGGAAAGAGAAAGACGGUAAUAGUGUAAUUGAUAUGUUAUAUCAGAAACACCUUUAUUGUAGUGUUGAGAAGCCCCUUUUUGAGUCUGAUCCUGAAAUUCUAAAGGCGUCUGAAACGUACCAGAUGUUGCUGAACACGUACGUAUCUCUGGAAGCUCAGAGAGCCACUGCGUUGAGAGAUAUCGAUAAGAUUGGUAAUCUCAAACAUGCUGCUACAAAGCGCCCAUAUAAGUUCAUCAAACAGCUUAAGAAGGGAGAAAUUGUAUUCCCGACACGGCAGCGGAUUGUCAAAAUACCUGAAGUAAAGCUGACGCAUCGGAAUAAGGAAUUAAAUCUUUGUCAUUUCAAGACGCCAUCAGGUCACAUGGUAGCGAAGGCAUCCGAAGAAUUCGCAAAGUCGACACGCUUGAAAAAAGAACCCUACUGACAUAUUUUAAAAUUGACGGGGGUUCAGUCUUUUUACAUAAUUUAUUUAACUCUGAUCCUAUUUAAAUCUAACUUUUUAAGUUAUUGUAACGGUUUUUUAUUGGCUUUGUUAUCACUAGGGUUUUAUAUAUCGUUUUAUUCGAUUUCUUGGGAAAACAUUUUCAACAAUGUGAUGUAACAGCCACCGAAUAAUCAUCACAAUGACUACAAGGAAGUAACGACUUGCUACUGUGCACUUUAGGUAUGGAAGGCGGAAGCUUUACCGGUUCAUUUUGGCCGGUUAGCUGAAGCGAUUUUAUUUGUGGAUGGAUGCAGAUUGCUGACCGAUUGUUGCCCGUAAACUAAAUACUUUUCACAACCGGUUUUUUAUGUGAAAGUUUUAUGUGGUUAAGCUGUCCGUUGGCUUCGAUUUUACUGUAUAACAUCAAAAAUGGGUGGUUACACUUCGAUUGCAUUGUUUUUUAGAUCUACAUCUAAUACCGUUAUCCAUUUCUAAUAGAAUGGAAGUAGUGUUUAAUUCGCUCCCCUCAUUUAUUUAUUAUCGAGCGGAUUAACACGGAUAACCCUAUUAUGCAUAUUUUAAUUGAAGAAACCGCCCGAAAUUGGAGAUGUUUGUCAGUAACAUGAAGCUGACACGGACAGCCUUUUAUUCCAACUUUGUUGAGGCGACUUUUUAACAGUUUUGCUAAGUGCUGCGUUAACUUAUUGUAUUUAAGAACGAUUUUUAUAGUGAUUCUGAUCAGACUUAACUUAUUUUAACCA